AUGGCGUGCAAUUUGAUAUGCUCUGCUGACCUGAGAAGGGCAUGUAUGUCAGCGUCUGGACACUGUUCUCGCCUUCUAAGUUUCCGAUUCCGAGAAGUCGGAAUAUCGGAUGUGACGAGCUCCUCAGAUUGGGAGAUCCUAUCGGAGGACGAACCUCCGCUGUGCAUCGCAGUUCGACGCCCAGAGUCACCUCCAAGCCACCAUGAAGCGUUGUGGAGAUUCCGCUUUUAUUUAUUGACGUCAUUGUCACAGUUUGAAAUGAAGAAUCGGCAAGGAAAAAUGGCUCAAUUCUCCGGCCAAUCAUCAGCGCUCGAAAUGAAUAACUCUAUGAUUAAUUCUACCAUUUCAUUUACGGAGGCGCCGGAAGGAGCAAAUGUAACCUUGAUUGUCACGUCGGAAAUUACUAUCAGAAACACCUCUGAAGCAAAUGUAUCAGCUUCCACCUUUAAAUAUUCUGCUGAAUCAGAAAGAAAGAACGUAACACCAACGAAUGUUGGUGUAAAAAGAAGAGCAUCUGUACUUUCGACUCCGAGCAAAGUUUUGCGCGGCUCUUCAUACAAAAGUGAAGCUACGCAAGGAGUGUCAGAUCAUGCUUUGUUAGCUAUGUUAAGUAAUCAUUCGUUUUCCUCGCUUAUGAGCGAAUUUAAUAACAAAACUCGGAUUACCUCAAAUACUCCUACAUCAUCAGGCAAAAAGGAAAGUCAACGCACCCCUCCACCAGAGAAUUUCAACGGGGAUGAAAGACAACUUGAGGAUCACGACUCAAAGAAGCCUCUCCUUUGGGUUCUUGCGGCAGCUCCAAUGCUUGUUUUCCUUUGCCUGACUGUGCUGUACAUCUACUUUAGAAGAAAAACAAGUACAACUCGAAAAGCUGGAAAAAUACUAACGAAAAAACCACAUGAAAUUUUAGGACCAACAGUUUGGGAGACGCAACCGGAAACCCCCAACUUGAAAGAGUUCAAAGAUAAGGGACCACUUGUUAUGCAGUACGCAUUUCGUGGAGAUGUUAAACAUGCUCUCCAAGAUGUGCAUUCCGCGAGUCUCAAGGGUAUUGUAUUUGACGCUGCACAGAAUUCGAUAGUAAACAUCGGAACAGAAGUAGAACGCGUGGAAGGGGCAUCUCAACGAACUCAGAGAAUGGAAGUGGGUGCAACGGCUGUCGAGGACAUUAAAACUUGCUUGCUGCCUGACAAUGUGGAAGUGGUCGGUAGCGACGAAAAAAUCACAAAUCCACAACAAACUUCGACUACAGAGUCAUAUACAAGAGUCUAA